CAGCCAUCAUUGUGCCGACAUAAACUUCAAUACACGUGUGCGGUGGUUGCAAGUAAAAGUGGUUAUAAAAACCGAUUUCAUAGUUAUUUUUACCAAGUCUUUCUACCUUUCUUUAGUAAAAACCAGCCGCAUUGCAAAACCAAUAUGAUUACCGGUCGCCCACUGCUGUUUCUUUCACUGCCGAGUCUCGCGCUGAUUGUGGGCCUCGUUUGGUAUCGUCGCAAAUUUAAACCGGAUGCGGGUGAUCGUGGUGGGGAAAAGAGCAAAGAAUGUGAAAGUAUGAUCACGUCGCGCAGCAACACCACUGCCGACUCGGAGCCGGAUGUGAAGCAAACUUCCUCACUGCCGAUCCAACAGUCCGGCAACAACAACAAUGGCGCGGAAAAUUGGGACAACUGCUCGGGUUCGGGCCACUCGUCGGCCGGGUCGUCCCGUUCGGCUCCGAUUGACAUUGUGCCGAACAAAAGUCCUUCCAAGGGCGAUGAAAUUAAUAACCUGUUGGGUCGAUCGCACAUGCUUGAUAACGAUCAGGAAGAGCUGAGCUUUAGUCCGUCGAUUGAUUUGCCGGGCACGGUCGCCUCCCGCUAUCCGACCAACCUGAUGAAGUUUAAUCAAAUGAUGGAACCGGUCAAGGAGCCCGUUAUCAUUCGUCCCACCAAAACGGCUUCGCUGCAGAGUGGAUACUUCCGUGUGCCGGAUGAUAAUGGCAAUGGUAACACUGAGCCACAGCCAAAACAACGGCAGCAGCAGCAGCAGCAGCCAUCACAACCGCCAACACAGCCAGAAAUGAAAACACACCAGCAACUCCAAACUUCACAGCCACCUGCCGAACAGAAUGAGCGUCUAACCGAGAGCAAUAGCAUUAAUAACAACAACACAACGUGCGAAGGUAACGAUGCGGCAUUCAACGGCAAACCGGAGGAAACGUUCGACGAGCGUGCCGAACAGACUGGCAGCCCACCGCUCAGCAUUUGCAGCAUGCGCUCGGAGGACUCGGGCAAGGGUUCCAGUCCGCCGCACUCGGUAGGACCGUCCCUCACGACGUAUGAGUUUCUGGUGCCUGCUUUCCUCGUGGCCGGCAUGCUGGGGAAACAGGGUGUGUUCGUGAAGCAAAUCAAAAAGGAAACAGGCGCAAACGUGAUCAUCAAGCGCAAUCCGGAUACACACAAUAGCAAAAUCUGCACACUGGAGGGCUCGCAGCAGGAAAUCAAGGACGCGUUGGCGCUGAUCCGGAAGAAGUUCCCCCAGCGUCGGUUUCCGGCACUCACCCUGAAGCGCAUCGAGAUUAGCCGUGUGGAGGCAGUCAUUCCCAUAUCGCUAAUGAAAGACACAUGCUCCAGCCUGCCCCUGGUCGAGGGAAUCAACAACGACGUCGCCGUUAGCUGCAUCAUAAACGUAGGCCAUAUGUUCGUACACCAGCCGCUCCACCCGACCUACCUGUCGCUGAGUAGCAUGCAGAAGUCGCUCAACGAGAGCUACACGAAGAGUGAGGCUCCCCAUAUGCCGGAGAUCGUGCCGAACGCCGUCUGCGUGGUGUUCGCCGCCGGCGUCUGGUACCGCGCACAGAUCGUGCAGCUCGACCAAGGAAGUAAUAUGGUUCUGGUGAAGUACCUGGACUACGGUGGUUUCUCUCUGCUGCCUCCCCAGAACUUGCGGCAAAUUAGAACAGAUUUCAUCACUGUACCAUUUCAAUCAAUAGAAUGUGUGCUAUCUAAUAUUCAACCUGUUGAUGAAAGCCAAAACACCUGGUCCGAGGAAGCCACUGAACUGUUCCGUAGGUUAACAAGCAAUACAAUGAUGCAAGCACAAGUGGCGGGCUACACUGCGGAAGGAAUUCCGGAAAUUUAUCUAUUCUCUUCAAUAGCAAAAGAUAAUGUAGUUUUCAUCAAUAAAGAAAUGGUUGCCCGUGGAUACGCUCGGUGGGUGGACUGAAUAGCGCAAAGGUAUCAGUAGUAGGUGAACAAAUUAAGUAAGUUUAAUCAAAUGAAGAAGUGAGAUUUGAUUGGAAAGCGUAUGUGUGAGAGAGAAUGAGACGACACUGAUGACUGGUGGUGUUGGCGGCGGUGUGUACUGAUGGGCGGUGUGAAGCAGGAGCUGAAUGGCCGCUCGUCCGCCCCACGACACACAACAUAGGAGAAAAGUGUUGGUUUUAAAUGGCCACCUCAGCUGAUUUACGUUUAAACGAAAAACAAAAAAAAACACAAAAAAACAUGCCCCUCCUCCACCUCCGCCUAUCAACGGGCCCUUUGGGUCGUUCUGGGCGGAUGGGAAAAAUUCUUGUAAGAAUUCAUCAAACCAUCUCUUCCUUCAUUCGUCCUUUUAGCCCCGUCCUACCGUCGGCCAUCCCGCUGCCUGCCCCCUUCACCCCCUCGUAUAAUAAACGUACAUCCUUCCUCGUUACUGUUAAAAUACUAUAAAAGAAAGUAAUUUUGUGAAUAACUGCGUUAACACAUAAGAAUGCAAAAACUGUCGUUCAAGUUUUGUUUCUCUUGGCUUCGAAAUUGCAGCUAAGGCAAUUACUUAUUUUAUAGUUAUUUUGUAUAAGGGUAUUUAUGAAAUAAAUUCAAACAAAAUCAAUUGAUCUUACAUAUACCGUA